AUGGAGAAUGCCUCAGUAAUCGAUCUUUGCAGCUACUUCCGACGUCUUUGCGAAGAGAACAAAGUUGAACCAGGCCUCCGCCAUGACGCAUUUCUCUACUCCAAUGCAGAAGCCAUCCAGUCAGUCAUAUCUUCUCCAGUCUUGCCAUCGCCAGCAUUCGUCAUGGCUGCAGAGGCAGCCUAUGAUGGAACAGGACCAGAGUUUCCGCUCGUGCAACAGGGCUAUGCUGGCUCGGUGCGAAUUGCCAUACCGCAUGUUUACACGACUUUCUGGGCGAGAUUAAUCUCGACGGAAGAGGACAUACGAGGGAAAUCAUCACCUAUGCAGCAGACCUGGGGGAAAGCUUUUGCGAAAGCACGAAUCACCCAUGAAAAGACAUACCCAAUAAAGUCCUUCUUCAUGGAGGCUUAG